AUGCUCGCCAUCAGAUUUACCUGGCUCGCCCUCAUCGGAGCCUGCAUCUCCUUCUCAGCCCAUGCCACCCCCUUGUUUGGCCCCCGAGGUUCUGACCGCCACCCACGGAGAAUAAUUGCGGGCGUUUCAGUAAUUGACACUCCCAUUGUCCAAGCCGCGAGGCAGUACGCCCGAGAACACUGCGAUGACAAUAUAUACGGACACGUCAUGCGCUCCUGGCUCUUCGGCACCCUGAUGCUACAGCACAACAGUACCCUCGAGACCCUCGUGGACCCCGAGGUCCACGCCGUAGCCUUGAUCUUGCACGACCUGGGCUGGGAACGAACUCCCAACUCGACCAUCGUCACGCCUGACCACCGCUUCGAAGUCGAUGGCGCCAUUGCUGCGCGCAAGUUCAUCCGUGGACACCAUCAUGGCAGACGUUGGGAGGAGCGCCGCGUGCAGCUCGUCUGGGACGCUAUCGCCUUGCAUGCAGAACGAAAAAUUGCUUUUUUUAAAGAGGCUGAAGUCGAGGCGGUCAGCAAGGGUAUUCUCUUGGACUUCGUGGGACCGGAUCUGGGGGUUCCGGAGGACAAGUAUGCGGCCGUUGUGGAGGCGUUUCCAAAGAGUGACUUCAAGAAUGGAGUGAUUGAGGUAUUCAGUUGGCUGUGUCGGACAAAGCCUGAGACGACAUACGACACCUUCAUGCAACCAUACGGGGAACUCUUCGUUCCGGGAUACUCGGCUGUAGGACAUCGAAUGGUCGACAGAGUUCUUGGGAUGUCUGGUAAUUGA